AUGGCCUCCCUCGUCUCCCUCCGCGGCCUCCGCCCAACCCUCACAUCCCUCGCCCCCGUCGCGACACCAAGCACCACCACCACCUCCCGCGCCCUCUCCACCUCCGCGCCACUCGCUGCCCGCAAGGCAACCUCCGGCGGCACGCCAGAGUACGCCAACCGCAUCGCCAACAUCCGCCAGCACCUCUUCUCCCAGCCCCCUCCCCCGCUGCGCAUGGCCCGCAACCGUCACCUCCGCCACUGGACCAUCCACCGCGCCUGGCUCCUCCUCCAGCGCCAGCAGCGCGAGGCCCGCGAGCGUGAGCUCUCCCGCCUCCACAGCAGCAUGUACACCGCCAACGAGGAGCUCCGCCGCACGGCCGGCCCCGGCACCCGCGACGAGGGCUGGCUCUACCGCGUCGCGCAGGAGAAGAAGGGCGUCUACGGCCCCGGCGCCAUCCCCAUCGAGUACGCCCGCCACCAGUCCGAGACCCCGGCCCGCCAGGCCUGGAACCACGAGUGGAAGCGGUGA